CCUAAAGGCGUCGCAGAUCGAGCACGCGAAACACGAGUCGCCCAGUAUCGGUCGAAAGACACGAGGUUUCGCGUGACGUCGCUAUCCCAACUUGCAGAUAAGUGUUUUCGAAAUACCAAAAACUUAUUUCGCUUGGACCGGAUUGACGAUAAAUAAAUUCCGAAAAUAAUCGAUUACCGAUUUGAAUAUCAUCGAAAUGCUCGCGGAAACAAUUUGACCGCUCGCGUAAGCUACGACGUACGAUGGUUUUCGCUGGUGAGCGGAACGUAUGAAAUUUUCUGGAAGGUCGAAGGAAGCCACGAUCAAUCGUCCAUGGAUAGGACCAGCCUGCGCGAUACGUGAAAUUUGGUCACGGUGAAGUAUUUCGAACAGGACGCGAAACGUGACGCGAAACGUGACUCGACUCGAAGUAACGAGAUCGCGCAAGUCCCAGGGUUCGACCAACUUUCCCAGACACACUGACGUGGUACAUCGUGCCGCUGACAAGCAAGCGAGCAAGCAAUGUACGCCACUCGAUCUUCCUACGACGUGGUAUCGAUUCAAAAAUAAAUAGAAUAAAUAGAAACACGUGUCGUCGAGAAGAAUCUAAAAUCCAAGUUCGGAACAAACUUGAAAUACUUGAAAUACCAGCGGAAAACGUUUCCUGCCAGUAAUACAACAAGCAACGCAUCGAAAGAGAUUUAGCGGUCGUAUUUAUCGAUAGACGAAGAUCGUAUAUAGAACUUAGAACUUUAAAGACGUCCAUCUCGGCCUGAUCUACGAAUUAUCCGUUGAUCUAUCCAAGCCGAGAAACAACUGUUCGUCCGAGAUAUUCACCGGUCAAUGAAUCGAACGAAUCUCUGCAUUGCCAACAGAAGUCCGACCAAUUUCGACCAAACUCGAUCGCUGGAACGAUGAACAACCGGGGAUUUAGCAUCGAAAAAACGUGCACAAUCCGGCCAGUUUACACCGUAUAAAUUGUCUGCCAGCUAAAACACGAAGAUCGAGAGCAAAAUGUCGAUCGAAGUGAGAGGGGGUCGACCAACAAUGCCAACGAUUCCACAAUCCAAGAGACCAACAAUUCUAGUUUAUCCAACAGUAACUCCAGAGAGUAUCAUCAUCCCAAUAGUAUCAUGCAUACUCGGAUUUCCAUUGUUGGCUCUAAUGGUCAUCUGUUGUUUAAGAAGAAGAGCAAAGCUCGCCAGAGAGCGAGCACGAAGAAGGAAUUGUGAUCUAGAUCACGGAGCACUCAGUCUCGUUCGUUUUAGUCCUGUCCACCGUUUAGCAUCGAAAGAGGAUUUAGCUGGAAUUGAUCGUCCAACGAGAACAGUAUCGUUACGAAGCGAUCGAGGAUCUAGAGCUUUUCCAUCACUGGAACUAGACACUGUCGUUGAAGAACGAUCGGAUCCUGAACAGAGCACUGCACUGGAACUUAGUAGCCCAGAUUAGCAUCCAGUUUUGGUACCGCCUAGGUCAGAUUCUUAUUUUCUGUCUCCACGACCAUCUAAAUCGGUGGUACCAUUAUCCGUGGAUCAUAGCCCUCUAUGGACUGCAUUAACACACGCUAACGCUGUAUCCUCUGCUCUUGGUGAUACCUAGCAGGAAGUGGAAGAGGGCGGCUACAUCGAAGCUCUCGUACUCGACUUACCCAUAAUCUAUUAAGAGAUUUAUAAGAUAUAUAUGUAUUACGACGAAUUAGUAUAUGAGAUCGUGAACAAUAAUGAAACUGAUCGUAAGGAGAUCUUCGAUACAAAACAAUUUGAAGUCUAAGGUCAUUAUAUGGAAUAUGGAUCUUUACAAGCAAGUUUUGCACUCGUAUAUAAAAUUAAUGACUAAAUUUUAUACUGUCAAACUGUACAAGAUUCUAUGAACAUGCCGCUUUUUAUAUCAUGAAAAACUUAUAACGAGGCAACAAACGCUACAUCGUUAGUGUAAAUAAAAAAUUGUUAAUACCAUGUACAAACGAAAAUCACAAUAUGUAAAUAAAUGAUUAUAAAACACUGUCUA